AUGAACAACACUGAAGUGGUGUGUAGACAGGCUGGGUGUGGCAGAGCUCUGGAUGCUCUCAGCAGUGCCCACUUUGGACAGGGCAGCGGGCCCAUCUGGUUGGGUGAUGUGAGCUGUUCUGGAAACGAAUCCUCCCUGACUCAGUGCCAGCACCCUGGAUUUGGGUCUUAUAACUGUAGUCACCAUGAAGAUGCUGGUGUGAAUUGCUCAGGUAGCAGACUGGUAAAUGGAGAUAAUGAGUGCUCUGGCAGAGUGGAGAUCUACCAUGUUGGCCAUUGGGGAACAGUGUGUGAUUACUCCUGGAACCUGAACGACGCUGAGGUGGUGUGUAGACAGGCUGGCUGUGGCAGAGCUCUGGCUGCAGUCAGAAGUAUCCACUUUGGACAGGGCAGUGGGCUCAUCUGGUUGAGUGAUGUGAGGUGUUCUGGAAAUGAAUCCUCCCUGACAGAGUGCCACCACCGUGGAUUUGGGUCUAACUUCUGUUAUCACCAUGCAGAUGUUGGUGUGAUUUGCUCAGCGAUCAGAUUGGUGAAUGGAAGUGAUCAAUGCUCUGGCAGAGUGGAGAUCAACCAUGUUGGCCAGUUGGGAACGGUGUGUGAUAACUCCUGGAACAUGAACGCCGCUGAGGUGGUGUGUAGACAGGCUGGCUGUGGCCGAGCUCUGGAUGCUCUCAGCAGUGCCCACUUUGGACAGGGCAGUGGGCCCAUCUGGUUGGGUGAUGUGAGGUGUUCUGGAAACGAAUCCUCCCUGACACACUGCCAGCACCCUGGAUUUGGAUCUUACAACUGUAGUCACCAUGAAGAUGUUGGUGUGAAUUGCUCAGUAAAUCUCCAGACCCAGAUCAGAUUGGUGAAUGGAAGUGAUCAAUGCUCUGGCAGAGUGGAGAUCUACCACGUUGGCCAGUGGGGAACGGUGUGUGAUGAGUACUGGAACACGAACGACGCUGAGGUGGUGUGUAGACAGGCUGGCUGUGGCAGAGCUCUGGCUGCUGUCGGCAGUGCCCACUUUGGACAGGGCAGCGGGCCCAUCAUGUUGUAUGAUGUGAGGUGUUCUGGAAGCGAAUCCUCCCUGACACUGUGCCAGCACUCUGGGUUUUGGUCUAACUUCUGUCCUCACUCUAAAGAUGUUGGUGUGAUUUGCUCAGGUCCAGACGCCCGGACCCCGAUCCGACUGGUGAAUGGUGAUAAUGAGUGCUCUGGCAGAGUGGAGGUCUACCAUGUUGGCCUGUGGGGAACGGUGUGUGAUUACUUCUGGAUCCUGAACGACGCUGAGGUGGUGUGUAGACAGGCUGGCUGUGGCAGAGCUCUGGCUGCUCUCAGCAGUGCCCACUUUGGAGCGGGCAGUGGGCCCAUCUGGUUGGGUGAUGUGAGGUGUUCUGGAAACGAAUCCUCCCUGACUCAGUGCCAGCACCAUGGAUUUGGGUCUAACUUCUGUACUCACUAUGCAGAUGUUGGUGUGAUUUGCUCAGGUAGGAGUCAUAUAGCGAUCAGAUUGGUGAAUGGAAGUGAUCAAUGCUCUGGCAGAGUGGAGAUCUACCAUGUUGGCCAGUGGGGAACGGUGUGUGACAGCUCCUGGAACAUGAACAACGCUGAGGUGGUGUGCAGACAGGCUGGCUGUGGCAGAGCUCUGGAUGCUCUCAGCAGUGCCCACUUUGGACAGGGCAGCGGGCCCAUCUGGUUGGGUAAUGUGAGCUGUUCUGGAAACGAAUCCUCCCUGACACAGUGCCAGCACCCUGGAUUUGGGUCUUAUAACUGUAGUCACCAUGAAGAUGCUGGUGUGAAUUGCUCAGAAAUUAAGCCCAAAACGAUCAGACUGGUAAAUGGAGAAAACAAGUGCUCUGGCAGAGUGGAGAUCUACCAUGUUGGCCUGUGGGGAAUGGUGUGUGAUUACUCCUGGAACAUGAACGACGCUGAGGUGGUGUGUAGACAGGCUGGCUGUGGCAGAGCUCUGGCUGUUCUCAGCAGUGCCCACUUUGGACAGGGCAGUGGGCCCAUCUGGUUGGGUCCUGUGAGGUGUUCUGGAAACGAAUCCUCCCUGACACAGUGCCAGCACCCUGGGUUUGGGUCUAACUUCUGUUCUCACUCUACAGAUGUUGGUGUGAUUUGCUCAGCGAUCAGAUUGGUGAAUGGAAGUGAUCGAUGCUCUGGCAGAGUGGAGAUCAACCAUGUUGGCCAGUGGGGAACGGUGUGUGAUAACUCCUGGAACAUGAGCGACGCUGAGGUGGUGUGUAGACAGGCUGGCUGUGGCAGAGCUCUGGCUGCUCUCAGCAGUGCCCACUUUGGACAGGGCAGUGGGCCCAUCUGGUUGGGUGAUGUGAGGUGUUCUGGAAACGAAUCCUCCCUGACACAGUGCCAGCACCCUGGAUUUGGGUCUAACUUCUGUGCUCACUCUACAGAUGUUGGUGUGAUUUGCUCAGUAAAUCUCCAGACCCAGAUCAGACUGGUAAAUGGAGAUAACAAGUGCUCUGGCAGAGUGGAGAUCUACCAUGUUGGCCUGUGGGGAACGGUGUGUGAUUACUCCUGGAACAUGAACGACGUUGAGGUGGUGUGUAGACAGGCUGGCUGUGGCAGAGCUCUGGCUGUUCUCAGCAGUGCCCACUUUGGACAGGGCAGUGGGCCCAUCUGGUUGGGUCCUGUGAGGUGUUCUGGAAACGAAUCCUCCCUGACACAGUGCCAGCACCCUGGGUUUGGGUCUAACUUCUGUUCUCACUCUACAGAUGUUGGUGUGAUUUGCUCAGGUAGGAGAUCUUCUCUAGCGAUCAGAUUGGUGAAUGGAAGUGAUCGAUGCUCUGGCAGAGUGGAGAUCAACCAUGUUGGCCAGUGGGGAACGGUGUGUGAUAACUCCUGGAACAUGAGCGACGCUGAGGUGGUGUGUAGACAGGCUGGCUGUGGCAGAGCUCUGGAUGCUCUCAGCAGUGCCCACUUUGGACAGGGCAGUGGGCCCAUCUGGUUGGGUGAUGUGAGGUGUUCUGGAAACGAAUCCUCCCUGACACAGUGCCAGCACCCUGGAUUUGGGUCUAACUUCUGUGCUCACUCUACAGAUGUUGGUGUGAUUUGCUCAGUAAAUCUCCAGACCCAGAUCAGACUGGUAAAUGGAGAUAACAAGUGCUCUGGCAGAGUGGAGAUCUACCAUGUUGGCCUGUGGGGAACGGUGUGUGAUUACUCCUGGAACAUGAACGACGUUGAGGUGGUGUGUAGACAGGCUGGCUGUGGCAGAGCUCUGGCUGUUCUCAGCAGUGCCCACUUUGGACAGGGCAGUGGGCCCAUCUGGUUGGGUCCUGUGAGGUGUUCUGGAAACGAAUCCUCCCUGACACAGUGCCAGCACCCUGGGUUUGGGUUUAACUUCUGUUCUCACUCUACAGAUGUUGGUGUGAUUUGCUCAGGUAGUAUAGCGAUCAGAUUGGUGAAUGGAAGUGAUCGAUGCUCUGGCAGAGUGGAGAUCAACCAUGUUGGCCAGUGGGGAACGGUGUGUGAUAACUCCUGGAACAUGAGCGACGCUGAGGUGGUGUGUAGACAGGCUGGCUGUGGCAGAGCUCUGGAUGCUCUCAGCAGUGCCCACUUUGGACAGGGCAGUGGGCCCAACUGGUUGGGUGAUGUGAGGUGUUCUGGAAACGAAUCCUCCCUGACACAGUGCCAGCACCCUGGAUUUGGGUCUAACUUCUGUGCUCACUCUACAGAUAACACCAAAGCCAUCAUGGAGAGACCAGCGACUAGUGCGGUGAUUGAGGCGGGGCAUUCUCCGCUGUAG